AUGUAUUUCUCACCAACCUAUAAUGCAACCCCGUUCGUAUUUGCUUCCGGUGAAGCGCGACCAGCCGAAUACUGGACCCGCGAAGAAGGUGUGGGCCACUUUUCGGAAUGGUCGAAAGCCACCAAACUCGCCUUCCUCUCGGAUUGGGUCCAAGGAAAAGCAGAAGAAUGGACGAUCGUUAUGGGAAACGAAGGCGGGGAUCUCGACUCGAUGGCAGCUGCGCUCACGUGGGCCUACCACGUCUCGCACUCGACGCUGCACCACCCGCAACCACGCAAAGCGAUCGCGCUGCUGCAGACGCCCCUCGACGCGCUCGACUUGCGGCCCGAGAACAAGGUUGCUCUCGACAACAGCAAGAUGAGCUCGGGUCACCGCGAUCUGUUGACGAUCGACGAGCUGCCGGCACAUCCGAAGGAGAUUGCGAAGAAGAUUAAAGGGAUUGUGCUGGUUGACCACCCGUUGCCGUUGAGCGUGUGGAACGACGCGAGGAUCUUGGGCAUCAUCGAUCACCAUGCGGACCGCGGGGUGGCGCCGCAUGCAAGCCCUAGGAUCUUUGAGCAAGUGGCAAGUUGUACCACGCUCGUUGCGCGGCAGAUGCUUGACGAGCUCGAAGCCAUCCCGACCCCGCCGGACGGACCGGGCGAGUACCACAUGCCGCACGAGCUGCUCGAACUCAUCCUGGACGCGAUCGCGAUCGACUCGGAUGGACUCAACCGCAAGAAAUCGAGCGCUGCAGAUGCAGACGUCUCCCGCCGCAUCCUCGCCCGUAGCAAUUGGCACAACGAAAGCCUCGCCGAGGUCAUGGACCGCCUCGACAAAGAGCUGGGCAAGGCCAAGCGCGAUCUCUCCCACCUAUCUGUCCGCGACCUCCUCCGCCGCGACUGGAAGGGCGACGUCGUCCGAACCACCGAUGAAUCCACGCCGGAUAUCCACCUCGGCUUCGCGAGCACGCCCGUCUCGCUCGACGACCAGAUCCUGCGCACGCCGAAGCAGACCAUCACCAGCUGGUUCAAAGUCGAACGCCGCUGGACCGCCGAGAUCCGCGCCGACGUCAGUUUGUGCCUCAACAAGUACAAGGUUGGCAAGCGCAAGGUAAGGGAGAUCGUCCUCACGGUGCGGAGCGACCAUCGCAUCGACGAGAGGCAGGCGGACAGUCUGUUCAACGCGAUCAGUGCCGCGUUGGCCGAGAGGUUUGCGUUGGAAAGGCAUCCCAAGAUGAAUCACGGCGAUGGAGUGAAGGGUCGACAAAUGGUUUGGACGCAUAAAGAGGGAGCGGCGGGCCGGAAGGUCGUCAGACCGAUUGUGGAGGACGCCGUCAAGCGGUGGGUUUCACCAUAG